AUGUGUAUGUCUAAGUCUGGGUGGCGUGAGGAUGCUUUUGGCAUGGAGGCUCGUGUUGAGGUCCUCUAUGAAGGUAAGCAGCCUAUUACAGUGGUGCAUGGUGAAAAUGGGCCUAGCCUUCCUUUUGAACCGAUUAUAAUUGAGGAGCUUAACGUAGAAGGUGAUGAAGAUUUGGCCCAUGAUGGGUGUGCCCUUGCCCAGUACGGUAGUGACCCAGAUUGUGCGGACGUUGCACGUGAGAAAACUUGCAUCGAUGGUUUUAUUUGUUCUGACUCUGAUUCAGACGGGGUCUUGGAACAUUUAUCAAAGGAAAAUCUUGUGGUCUUGGACUCGGAUACUCAGUUGGGAAAGAAAUGUCAAGGGAAAGGAAUUAAAUUAAGAGGCGGAAAAUUAUGGAUGUUCUGGGCUAAGGAUUUAAAUCUAGUUGUCGAGUGUAUGGGAGAUCAAUUCUUGACUAUUCGUAUUUCUAAUUUGCAUGAUUUAUGGAUUACUUUUGUUUAUGCGAAAUGCUCCUAUUUGGAGCGUCGUAGACUGUGGGAUUCGUUGAUGGGUGCUAAUUUUCAUCAAUUACCUUGGAUGGUGAUGGGAGAUUUUAACAUUAUCAGAAAUGAUUCAGAACGAAGAGGUGGCAGGCCUAGGUUGGCGCUGGCGAUGGAGGAGUUUAAUGGUUGGGUGGGCACUUGUGGGCUCCUUGAUAUGCCUUUCCGUGGAAAUUCUUUAUCUUGGUGUAAUGGCCAUUCUGGAAGUUCAAGGCAUUGGGCGCGCCUUGAUCGUUGUUUUUUUAAUACAGCGGCCCUUGAUACUUUCCCUGAUGCUACUAUGGAAUACCUGGCCCGUACCUCUUCUGAUCAUGCGCCGAUGACGGUCUUGUUGGAGAAUCAGUUUGUUCGGUAUGGUUAUCCUUCCUUUAAAUUUCAACAAAUGUGGGUUUCUCAUGCUCAGUUUUUCAAUUGUGUUUUGCACUCUUGGAAUAGUGAUGUUAUUGGGGGGUCAUGGUUGUAUAUGCUUGUUACUAAACUUAAAAGACUUAGAACUGUUUUGAGAAUUUGGAACAAGCAAGUUUUUGGUAGAACAGAUUCUCACAUAGAGGCUCUUGAGGAUCGGAUAAAGGGUUUGGAGGCAAAUUUGCAAUCUGAGUUUAAUGAAGACGUGGAGGAUGAUCUCGUUGCCUCCCAGUUAGAGUUAUCAGUUUGGAUGGAUAGGGAAGAAAAACGCUUAGCCCAACAGGCUAAGCAAGGUUGGAUUCAGAAGGGUGAAGCUAGUUCUAAUUUCUUUCGUGCUAUCAGUCGUCGUAAUCAUAAAGAAGUGAAAGAGAUGAAAUUAGAGGAUGGUUCCAUUCUUUCCUCACCAGAGCAGAUUCACGAAGGGGCUAUUUCUUAUUUUUCUCAAUUCUUGGAGGCUGGCAUUGCUCGUGUUGAGCCGUGCCUGGGAGAAUUAGUUCAACCAAUUAUCUCGCAGUGUGACAAUGAUUUUAUUUCUCAUGUUCCUUCAUCUCGGGAAGUCUAUGAUGCUCUUUGCUCCAUUCUGAAAGAUAGUAGCCCGGGUCCUGAUGGUUUUGGGUCGGGCUUCUAUCGAUCUUGUUGGCAUAUUGUGGGUACUGAUGUUGUUGAUGCUGUGGCAGAAUUUUUUCGAGUGGUUAUGAAUGGUGUUCCCAAAGGUUUUUUCAAAGGUGGUCGUGGGUUGCGUCAAGAUGAUGUGGUGAUUUUUUGUAAUGGGGGCAAGGCUUCUUUGAAAGCUAUUACUGAUGUGUUGAAGACGUAUGAACUGUGGUCGGGGCAAGCUGUUUCUGUUUCUAGACGUCGGGCUCUUCUUCGCUUCACUAGUUUUACGGAAGGAAGUUUUCCUUUCAAAUAUUUGGGAGUUCCUAUUAUUUCUGGAGGUCUAAAGAUUACUCAUUUUGAUGAUUUGAUUGCUAAAGUUCAGUCCAGAUUGGAGGGAUGGCAAACCAGAUUGUUAUCCAGUGGUGCGCGAUUGAUCCUUAUUAAACAUGUGCUUCAAAGUAUUCCUGUGCAUAGCCUUUCUAUUCUUAAGACGCCCAAAGCUGUGAUUGAGAAACUUCAAAGAAUCAUCAGUACCUUUUUUUGGGGCUUUAAAGAUGGUAAAGCUAAGAAAAAAUGGCGUUCUUGGGUGGCUCUUUGUAAGCCGGUCACGGAAGGUGGGCUUGGAAUUUGUAGCCUGCAAGACGUGCAGUCCUCUCUUCACAUGAAGAUAGCUUGGAACCUGUUGCAAGGUACUUCUCUUUGGUCCCAGUUUUUUCUUGCUAAAUAUAUUGGUGAUAGACAUAUUUCUAUGGUGGAUCCAAAGAAAGGGUCUAUUUUUUGGAAGAUGAUAUUGAAAAACAUUCCUUUAGUGCAAGCUAAUUCUAAAUGGAAAGUUCGGGAGGGUAAACUCUUUUUUUGGCAUGAUAAUUGGGAUGAUGAUGGCCCUCUUUGCGCUAAUACUACGAUUUCUGAUAAGCCUAAUCUUAAAUUGGAAGAUUGUAAAACUGGGUUGGGUUGGAAUAUGGAGUUUUUUUCUCAGUUGGUUGGACAUCAUAAAGCUGAGGAGCUCAUUUUGAAGCUGGGUCGGGUUAAAAGUGGGAAGGAUAUGUUGAUUUGGCUCCCUAAUGCUGAUGGGCAUUUCUCUACUAAAAGUGCAUAG